GGGCCCGCAUAACCGGCAAAGCUUGCACAUGCACACCUACUUGACUUGAGUCGUAACGUCCUUCCAACCACCGCCAAAAGCCGCUGCGCUGGUUUGGUUUGGUAUCAUCGCCACCGGGCGGCGUUUCCCACACCAACCCCCUCCCUAUAUAAACGCCCAAAACCCUAGCCCCACUUUCCCCAUCUCUCUCUCCUCUCUCUCUGUCUCUAAAAGUAAUCAGAAAUGGCAUUGGCUUCGACGCCACUCUCUAAGCCCUUCCUCUCCACCAAGCUCAAGUCCUCUUCAUCUUCACUGCCUUCAAUCCAGUCGCUGAAGUCCGGAAAGUCGGCCGUCCGGUGCUCGGUUGCCACGGCGGCUCCGUCGGUGAAGGUGGCGAAGGAGUGCAAGGUGAAGUCGUUGAAGGCCAGGCAGAUCAUAGACAGCAGGGGCAAUCCGACGGUGGAAGUUGAUCUUGUUACGGAUGAUCUCUAUCGAUCUGCUGUUCCCAGCGGGGCCUCCACCGGGAUCUACGAGGCCUUGGAGCUCAGAGAUGGUGACAAGGGCGUCUAUGGAGGUAAAGGCGUGCUCAAUGCCGUCAGAAACAUUAAUGAGAUUUUGGCCCCCAAACUCAUUGGCAUUGAUGUCAGGAAUCAAGCAGAAGUUGAUGCAUUUAUGCUGGAACUUGACGGAACCCCAAAUAAGUCAAAGCUGGGGGCUAAUGCGAUACUAGGAGUUUCUCUGAGUGUGUGCAGAGCUGGUGCAGGAGCAAAGGGUAUGCCUCUUUACAGGCACAUCCAGGAAUUAUCUGGAACUGGGGAGCUUGUUAUGCCGGUUCCAGCUUUCAAUGUGAUAAAUGGUGGCAGCCAUGCUGGUAAUAGUCUUGCCAUGCAAGAAUUCAUGAUAUUACCAGUAGGAGCAACCUCAUUUGCAGAGGCUCUUCGCAUGGGUAGUGAAGUUUAUCACACGCUGAAGGGAAUUAUCAAAGCAAAAUAUGGACAAGACGCAUGCAAUGUGGGAGAUGAGGGUGGAUUUGCUCCUAAUGUUCAGGAUAAUAGGGAAGGAUUGGUAUUGCUCAUAGAUGCAAUUGAAAAGGCCGGUUACACAGGGAAGGUGAAAAUAGGCAUGGAUGUUGCAGCUUCAGAGUUCUUAACCAAGGAUGGGAAAUAUGAUCUCAAUUUCAAGAAACAGCCCAAUGAUGGUGCUCAUGUGCUUACAGCUCAAAGCCUCUGUGAACUAUACAAGGAUUUUGUCAAGGAUUUCCCUAUUGUCUCCAUUGAAGAUCCCUUUGACCAAGAUGAUUGGAGCUCUUGGGCUUCUUUACAGUCUUCAGUUGAUAUCCAACUUGUGGGUGAUGACUUGUUGGUAACAAAUCCGAAGAGAAUAGCUGAGGCCAUUCAGAAGGAGGCUUGCAACGGUUUACUAUUGAAGGUAAACCAGAUUGGGACAGUAACUGAAUCUAUUCAAGCAGCUCUUGACUCAAAGGCUGCUGGAUGGGGUGUGAUGGUCAGCCAUCGAAGUGGUGAAACAGAGGAUAACUUCAUUGCAGAUCUUUCUGUUGGGUUGGCUAGUGGACAGAUCAAAACAGGAGCUCCUUGCCGAAGUGAGCGGUUGGCCAAAUAUAAUCAGCUUCUACGUAUCGAAGAGGAACUUGGAAAUGUCCGUUAUGCCGGUGAAGCUUUCAGAUCACCUUGAGGAGGAUAGACUACAUCCAACACUUUUUGUUGGAAAUAACAAGGAAUGGAUCCGGUUCUCAGCACGAAAUAAAUUGUUUUGAGCUAUGAGUAAAACCAAGAUCCUUGUUGUAAAUUCAUUCGGCCGUGACAUCUUCAAAAAGUAAUUGUUCUGAAUGGUUAGGCAUUAGAGAGCUCGUCUUAUUAUGUUGUCAUUGAAUAAAGAUAGUCGUUUUAGGCGGAGUUGGUGAAUAGGAUUCUCACCUCCAAUCUGAAACCUCUACAUUUGUAAGUUGUAACUUCUGUUGGCUUUUCAAUAUAAGUGUUUCUUGAAUCUUGAA